UCCACUUUCAGCUGCAAAGUGCACCAGAGACUUUAGUUUGAUUUGUGUACUAUGUAGGGACUUGCAGACCAUUUUUACUGUUCCUUGUCGCACCGUGGAAAGAGGGCCAGCAAAUAUUCCUCCGGUGGUCUCCAAGAACCUCAGGAACCUGUUUGCUUACAAAGCACGCACCUGCUUCCCAUCCUUGAGGAAUUUGCAAUCUAAGGACUUCUGAGAUUAACCUGGAAUCUCUGGAGGCUUUUUAAUUGUUUAGUGAGGUCUCUAAGGGCAAUGGUGGUAACUCACUGAAGAGGAAGCUUGGUGAAGGUGUGUGCUGGGUUCCCGGAAAAGCUCCUUUCUCAGCAAAAGCCGGCGAUAAUAGUGUAUAGAACUGAAGAGUUCCUGAAGAAGGUAACAAACAAGAGAAGGAAAAUGCCGAAACCGAUCAACGUACGAGUAACUACAAUGGAUGCUGAGCUAGAAUUUGCUAUUCAGCCCAAUACAACUGGCAAACAGCUUUUUGACCAGGUUGUAAAAACAGUUGGUUUACGUGAGGUCUGGUUUUUUGGGCUGCAGUAUGUAGACAGCAAAGGAUAUUCUACAUGGCUUAAACUGAAUAAAAAGGUGACACAGCAAGAUGUUAAAAAAGAAAAUCCUUUACAGUUCAAGUUUAGAGCUAAAUUCUUUCCUGAAGAUGUUUCUGAGGAAUUGAUUCAAGAAAUAACACAGAGACUUUUCUUCUUGCAAGUUAAAGAAGCCAUCUUAAAUGAUGAGAUAUAUUGCCCACCAGAAACUGCAGUUCUUUUGGCUUCGUAUGCUGUCCAAGCCAAGUAUGGAGAUUAUAAUAAAGAGAUUCAUAAACCAGGAUACCUGGCUAAUGACAGACUCCUGCCACAGCGUGUUUUGGAACAACACAAACUGACAAAAGAGCAGUGGGAGGAGAGAAUACAAAACUGGCAUGAGGAACACAGAGGAAUGCUAAGGGAAGAUUCGAUGAUGGAAUACUUGAAGAUUGCGCAAGAUCUAGAGAUGUAUGGUGUCAACUACUUUGAAAUCAAGAAUAAGAAGGGCACUGAGUUGUGGCUGGGUGUUGAUGCUUUGGGUCUGAAUAUUUAUGAGCAUGAUGACAAGUUAACACCUAAAAUUGGUUUUCCCUGGAGUGAAAUCCGAAAUAUUUCAUUUAAUGACAAAAAAUUUGUUAUAAAGCCAAUUGACAAAAAGGCACCUGAUUUUGUUUUCUAUGCUCCUCGUCUGAGAAUCAAUAAGCGGAUUUUGGCCUUAUGUAUGGGAAACCAUGAGCUGUACAUGCGAAGGAGAAAGCCUGACACUAUUGAAGUACAACAGAUGAAGGCUCAGGCCCGGGAGGAAAAGCAUCAGAAGCAGUUGGAAAGGGCACAAUUAGAGAAUGAAAAGAAGAAAAGAGAAAUAGCAGAAAAGGAAAAGGAAAGAAUAGAGCGUGAGAAGGAAGAGCUAAUGGAGCGUCUAAGGCAAAUUGAAGAGCAGACAAUGAAAGCCCAAAAAGAACUAGAAGAACAGACACGGAAAGCUCUAGAACUGGAGCAGGAGCGCCAGAGAGCGAAAGAAGAGGCGGAGCGGCUAGACAAGGAGCGCCGGGCUGCGGAGGAGGCCAAAUCUGCCAUAGCCAAGCAAGCUGCAGACCAGAUGAAGAACCAGGAGCAGCUGGCAGCAGAACUUGCUGAAUUCACCGCCAAGAUUGCACUUCUAGAGGAAGCUAAGAAGAAAAAGGAAGAGGAAGCUACUGAAUGGCAACACAAAGCUUUUGCGGCUCAAGAAGACUUGGAAAAGACCAAAGAAGAGUUAAAAACCGUGAUGUCUGCGCCCCCGCCCCCGCCCCCUCCGCCAGUUGUUCCUCCCACGGAGAAUGAGCACGACGAGCAGGACGAGAACAGCGCCGAGGCCAGCGCCGAGCUGUCCAGCGAGGGGGUGCUGAACCACAGGAGCGAGGAGGAGCGGGUAACGGAGACACAGAAGAACGAACGUGUGAAGAAGCAGCUCCAGGCAUUAAGUUCAGAAUUAGCCCAAGCCAGAGAUGAAACCAAAAAAACACAGAAUGAUGUUCUUCAUGCCGAGAAUGUCAAAGCAGGCCGCGAUAAGUACAAGACUCUGCGACAGAUUCGACAAGGCAAUACCAAGCAGCGUAUCGAUGAGUUUGAAGCAAUGUGAGAGCUGUUCUUGUGAUACAUGUCCUUCCUAAGCUGAACCACCACCAGAGAAAAGCAGGCCUUGCAGAUGGAUGGAAUGCAUCCCACCUUGCCAAAGCACUCACAGCAGUUGACUGUGCUCACUAGCAGAAGUCUGAAGGGCGCUCUUCAACAUUAAGGCAGUGUGAUGUCAUGUUUGGUCAUUUUUCUUUUGGCCAGGGAAUUGAUAAUGCUAUCCUGUCAUCUCUUUUGUACAUUUUUCAUUUUUUUUGUUUGAUUUUUUUCAGUUGAAUAUUAAUACUAAUGACCAUGUCUGAUAAAUGUGUCUGUGUGCUUUGAGCACGGUGUACAUCUUAGGAUGAUGGUGAACAUUUCAGUGCAUGCUUAGUUAAUGAAUUCAAUUUUCUUUGCCCUUUCCAUGUUUGACCUACAUACAUUUCCAUGUUCACUCAUGUGUUUGCAAUGUGGCCUUCUCAUGCCCUGUCAUGGCAGAGUCAUAAUGUUGGUGUCUUACACAUCACUUAUUGGAGGUGUUGAAGAUGAGGUAUCGGGGUAAAGAGACACAGGUAGAUGAGACAGCAGCCAUUAUGGAGGAGACUGCAUUGCGGGACGAUUAGAACAUUGAACAGUACAGGGUACAGAGGUGGUUAACUAUUACAGAAACCCCUUAAUUACACUAUUGGGUGGUUACUUUCCAUUUCCUUAAGCACAGCCAUCAUUGCCAGCUCAAGUGAUUGGUAUAACAUGUCCUAUAAUCCUUUGGUGACUUUUCUUGCCUGUGCCACUUGAGAGAUGGAGCCAGCAGGCAUCAGUCCUAAAGAAUUUAUUGACGAAGCACUGCCCGCGAAUAAGUGGUCUCUGAAAAAAAUUCAAGGUUUGUUCUUAGGUUGCUGUAGAAACAGAUGUCUAAUAGAUACUGUUGAUGAUAACUGAUUUUAAUUGUCAAAAGGAACAAACCUGGACCUUCCUGCAAGGGCAAUAGAUGAAAGAGCGUCAGUUUCAAGGAAGUAAUACUACCUCACUGUACCCCUGUGGCGACUGUCCCCACACAGUGUGUGCACGCGCUGAAUGUCUGCUAUCCAUAGACAGUCUCAAUCAUGCUCUUCAUGAAUAUACUUUUGAGAUUCCAGCGCUAAUGCUUUAACUGCCUUUUUGUUGAACUGUGGGGCUCUGCUGUGUGUUCAGAUACUGUUUGUUCUCCCUGGUGUGCUGUUUCCUGAGGGCUGGGCUGUGUCUGAGGAAGUAAGACAUUGCCUUUGCAGUGAAGGAUUCUCGUCCUUUAGUCAUGGUGGGAAAGGCACAUCAUUUUAGCAUACUUGGUUUCUAAAUCACUGCUUAUUUUAUUUGCAGUCUCUAAAAUCAAGUCUCAUUUCAAUUAUGUCUUAUUGAAGAAGUCUUUCUGGCUAGAAAGAUGCUCUUAUAUUCUUUGACCAUGAAGCACCUGAGUUUGAAGAUACAGAAAGCCUUGUUUUCUCUGUGUGGUUCAGCUACGUUCCACUUGGUAUUAUGCACUCAAACUUACCUUUAUCUAUUACAAUUGCCAUUUUAUUAUGCAGUUUUCAUGCACAGUAGAUUCCACUUAUGUCUGAAAAUAUCUCGUGCUGUUUUUUUUUUUUUUUUUUUUUUUUUUUGCUGACUUUAAAAGGUGUAAUUUGGGCAGACAUGAAAAGGAAAGGCCUUGCUUAAUAUAUUUUUUGGAUUCUGUAGGACAAAAGACAACUGGUUAACCUUGAAGUGACGGUUGUACAGUGGUUGUGCACAUGCUUCAAAACCAUUUGUGAGGGAAUGUUUCUGCUUUCCAUAUAUGAGAGGGAGAGAGGGCAGGACUUACUGGCCUACGAGGAAACAUGAGCAUUCUCUUUCCCAAAGCUCUUAUUGCUAGAAGAGUUGACUUCCCAUGGAUUUUUACUGAUUUUUCCCCUAUUUGCAUUGUGUACAUUCUCAUUGCUACACCAGUUGUUGCAGUGUUGAGAGGUUACCAGUUAUAUUUGCUGUUAAUAGUCUAUUUGUAGAUUAGGAUUAAAAUGGGUUUAAUCCAUUUUUAAAGUUGUAUGGAUUUUUCUAAACAGGAACAGCCAUUUGCAAUAUGGGUUUUCAUAGAGAUUAAACCAAUUAUAACGUUUAUCAUUAGCAGUUGAGAGCACAUGUUCAUAUAGCAAUGUAAAAACACACUAAUGAGUAUUUGGUAAUUUCCCAUUAGCAUAAUUUCAUGUUGUACAAGUAAAUUACAUAUACAUCUCUAAUUUUGGAUAAUAUUCAUUGGUUAACAAUAAAGAGACAAAAGCUCA